UAGGGGGCGCUGCCGCAAGGCCAGGCCGGGAAAGAAGGAAGGCGGGGAGAAAACGCGUUGGAACUUGGGCCCCGCGGCUGUCCGUAGUCGGUAUUCCCCAAUAUGGCGGCUCCCCAGGAUGUCCACGUACGGAUCUGUAACCAAGAGAUUGUUAAAUUCGACCUGGAAGUGAAGGCGCUUAUUCAGGAUAUUCGAGAUUGUUCAGGACCCUUAAGUGCACUUACGGAACUGAAUACUAAAGUGAAAGAAAAAUUUCAACAGUUGCGGCACAGAAUACAGGAGCUUGAGCAGUCGGCUAAAGAGCAAGACAAAGAGUCAGAGAAGCAAAUUCUGCUCCAGGAAGUGGAGAAUCAUAAAAAGCAGAUGCUCAGCAAUCAGACCUCAUGGAGGAAAGCUAAUCUCGCUUGCAAAAUUGCUAUCGACAACUUAGAGAAAGCAGAACUUCUCCAGGGAGGCGACCUCUUAAGGCAAAGGAAAACUGCCAAAGAGAGCCUGGCCCAGACAUCCAGCACCAUCACGGAGAGCCUCAUGGGGAUCAGCAGGAUGAUGUCCCAGCAGGUCCAGCAGAGCGAGGAGGCCAUGCAGACGCUAGGUCACACGGGCCGGAACACAGGUGUCACAUGUUUAAGACUACAGCCAGUGUCCCAGGACUGAAGGCGUCCUGGCAGGGUGCCCUCGCAGGUGGAAAGUUCUGCCUCCGGCCCCCAUAGAGACCUUACAGUGCCUGUCCACGGUCACCCAGGUAAUUUUGUGGCUGGUGGUUCUUUUCAGCCGCGCCUGCCUCCUUCAGAAAGCAGAGGGUGGUGGUGAGGAAGGGGACUGCCUUCUGCCCUUGUGUCCAUGUUGGAAGGACUCUUAAUUAUGACCCUGUGGCGUUGUAUGUAAUCAAACCCUGUCGGUCUCUGAGCUGAAUCGACCCAGGGGUAUAUCUCUCCUUGCCCUGUCCCUGUUCUGUGCUCCUUGGCGUGGCCUCUGUUCACAGCCUUUGCUCUGGCUCAGAGGGACUUGCUUCCAAGCACAGUGGUAAUCACUGGUAACCCAGUGGACAGAGCAGUCUUCGGAUUUGGUGCUUGUCAGUUUCAGAGCCGGGCUCCCUCCCUCUUUUGUUUCAGUCAAUUCUUCCCGGACUAUCCUGGAUGCAAAUGAAGAAUUUAAGUCCAUGUCGGGGACCAUCCAGUUAGGACGGAAGCUCAUCACAAAAUAUAAUCGC